AUGCGCAACCUCUUUUUCUUUCUCAUUAUUGCCACCUUUGUCGUCUCGAAUGGCAUUGCCUCGUUAACAGCUACGGACAAUAACAAGGCACGAUCUCUCGAGGCUGCUGAGAUUAAAGUCGAGACUGUGACAGAUGCAGUCGAUAACAAGAAACCUCUUGUGCAACCGGACAGUGUAAAAGCUAAUAGACCACUAAAACAAAGGGUUACUGUCGCAUGGACAAAGUCUAAAGAUCUUGUCAAGAAAUGGUGGCAGUGGGUGGUGAAACACUUCAAGAGGGUUUUCGGACUUGAAGAUAGUGUGGGGAUGAAGCUAGCAAAGAAGACGGGGGAUAAGCUAAAAAUCGCGUACGAUAAGUCGGGGAAAGCAAUUAAAAAGUCAGCUAUCAAAUGGAGGAAAAGGGUCAAAGGAGCUUUUGGAAAAGCUUCUAAUGGCAUAUCAAGCGCAGCGCAAACGACUUCCAAGGCCACCAAAAAUGCGGCGAUUGCAACAGUCGAUGCCACAAAGAAAGCGGCGCAAACGACAGCCAAGGUGACAAAAAAUGCAGCGAUAGUGACGGCUGAUGCCACCAAAAGUGCUGCGGUUGUGACGGCUGGGGCCACGAAAAAGGCGGCGGCUGUCACGGCUGAUGCUACACUGAAAGCAGCGCACGCGACUGCUGAUGCCACAAAAAAUGCGUACACGUCCAUACGAAAUGCGGCCCAAGCUUCAAAGGGUGUGGCUCAGCCGUCAACAUUCAAUGUCGAGGCCGCUGAAAAAAGUAUUAAGAACGUCCACUUCCAAAUUAGAUAA